AUGUUUGUAAGUUUUUGAACUUAUUAGCGUGAUGUAAGGACUCGCACAUUGCCAGUUCAAAUUUCGUAAAUCGGUUUUCUCUUCGGGCCAAUUAUUUAAACAGCUUUAAUCCCAGUCUUAAAAAUAUCGUAGGUAAUAGGACAAAGGUUGUAUUUUUAGUUAUGAUUCGCAUUUUUCGUGAGUAAAAGUGUCUGCUUAUACCCUUUUUGGACUGUAAAGUGUCAAAUUUCAAGAGAGAACUGUGAAUAGUCAACUUUUGCUGCUGUGAUCUUAAUUAAAAGAAACAACGAUGGCUUUCGCAGGUCUCAAAAAACAAAUAAAUAAGGCUAACCAGUACAUGAGCGAAAAAAUAGGAGGAGCUGAAGGAACAAAAUUCACGGAAGAGUAUACUGAAAUGGAAAGAAAAACAGACUUAACAGCUGAGUUAGUUGAAGACAUACUAAAUAAGACGAAAGAAUAUUUACAACCAAAUCCAGCCACCAGAACAAAACUGAUGGUUAGCUCUAAAUUUCGUGGUACUGCCAAAGCACAUGCCUACCCACAGCCUGAAGGAACUCUAGGGGAAGCAAUGGUUAAGUACGGAAAGGAUAUGGGCGAGGAAUCUGCUUUUGGUAUGAGUUUAAUAGAAGCUGGUGAAGCACUGAAACAGAUGGCUGAAGUUAAAUAUGCUCUAGAAGAUAAUGUAAAACAAAAUUUCCUCGAACCCUUGCAUCAUUUACAAACCAAAGAUCUAAAAGAUGUUUUGCAUCAUCGUAAAAAACUUCAGGGCAGACGAUUAGAUUAUGAUUGCAAGAAAAGAAAACAAGCAAAAAGCGACCAUACAGCUCACGUACCAAAUGCAGCAGGAGCCCACCUGAGCGAGGAGGAGAUCAAGCUAGCUGAGGAUAAAUUUGAAGAGAGUUUUAACCUGGCCUCUAUGGGAAUGUUUAAUCUUUUAGAAAAUGAUGUAGAACAAAUUUCUCAAUUAGCAUCCUUAGCAGAAGCACUUUAUGAUUAUCACAAUCAGUGUGCGGCCAUACUACAGAGUGCUGUCGAAAGGCUUGUCGAACAGAAAAACGAAGCAGCGAGUCGUCCAAGAGAAACUUAUCAGCCUAAAAAACUGCACGAGUUGAACAUACCCUCACUUCAUGAUGAUAUAUCACCUCAAGUAGAAUAUGGAGGUAAUAUUAAUGGUGGUACAGUUCUCCCUAUAAUAAAAGCUUCUCCUGCACGAUCUCCUGCGGGUACUCCUGUCGACCCUCCUCCUCACAGAAAUCUCUUUCUUGGUGGCCUUACAGCUGGUAAUCAAAUGUCAGCUACUUCUCCUGGUCGCUCUCCUAAUCGGUCUCCUAACGCAUCUCCACUACCCUCUCCUGUUCGUUCUCCAGCCAGAACUCCAACCAUUCAACAGCCAUGUUGCCAGGCGCUUUACGACUUUGAUCCUGAAAACGAAGGAGAGCUGGGCUUUAAGGAAGGUGAUAUUAUAACAUUAACGAGUCGUGUGGAUGACAACUGGUAUGAAGGCAACGUCAAUAACAAAACGGGACUUUUUCCUGUGAACUAUGUGCAAGUCCUAAUGCCAUUACCAUAAAUACUAGGUCUAUAUCUUUUGGGGGCAACUGAUGGAAACUAUUUGGAAUUCAGUGACAAAAGAGAAUUUUGAACACUUCUGUUAUUUUUUUUUAAUUUGUAAACAGCUUUGCCAAAGAUCUUUUCUACACAACCUAAAUUCGAUGAAAAAAAAUAGUCCUGUUUUUUGGAAAAGAAGUGAAGAGAUUAUUUAGAAGCAGAACUUAAUGGACAAAGUUGUGUUUACAAAAAGGCUCAUCUAUAUUUUAGUGUACAUUUUGCUUGUUAUUGUUAUUUGUUAUUAAAGUUCCUUUGUGUUUUUUCCCCUUUGUUGAGUUUGUUUUGGCCAGUAGGUAUGUAAUUUUGAAUUGUUUUAAAAAAUAUUUGGAAUAAUAGGGACUUUUUUUAAUGCAAUGUUCAAAAAAUUAAAAGUGUAAUGCAUGCAAGUUUUAUUUCUGCCAAGCCUUAAAAAAUGAUACCAUUUGUUUUAGCUUUACUUUUAUUAUUUACAUAUUGGUAAAGACGUUAAAAGCACUUUUUUUUAAUGGAUCUAGUAGACAUUCUACAUGAAAAAGAAUGACUUUUCAAUUUUUGAAAUAGCUUUUUUUUAAAAAAAAUAAUAGUAAGCAAUUGCUUGGAUUAUCCGAUGAAAAUUCUUGAACAUGCUUUGUUUGUGUGUUAAAUUUUGGUAUAUGUUUUUGAAUUAUUUGCCAAUAUAUUACUUGUGGCUGGUCCACUUAUUUCAUUGUUACAUAAAGCUAAUUACCAGUGUAUGUUUACAGUAUUACUCUAUUUAUUUUAAAUGUAUAAUGCAUUUUGUUAAUACAAAUUUAAAUUCUAAGAAUGAACUAUUUCAACUGAGAAUCCCAACCCAAUGAUUUAAAACUUAUUUAUUUUGUGUUAGCAGUUAUGUUUAUAUUUUACUGUUUGUAAUCUCUGUCCAUAAAUACGAGUCAUAUUGUCAUUCUUUAUGCAAGAAUAAUUUUAAAUUUGUAUGCCAGUUCUAAAUUAUGUAUUUCAUCUUAUUGUGGAUAAAAAUGUAUUAUUGUUUAUUGAAGUAUACUACUUGUUGUACUUAGCCUGAAAAUCAUUUUUUAAAUUUCUGAUAAGUGUUAUACUGGAUAACUUUCCAGCAAAUAACCAAGUCAUCUGAUCAGUUAAAAAAACACUAUGUUUUCUGAACAUCACUUUGGCCAUAUACAUAUUUUCAAGAUCUUCAUAGAAAAGGAGUCGGUGAUUGACUAUGAAUAUUGAGCAGUGAAAUUUAGUAUAAAACUAAAUGACGAAGCUUGAGUUAGAUUAAUUAAAAUUAGUUAAGACAAUAAAAAUGGAUCUUGUUUAGGUUAAAGCAAUUAUAAUUGACCUUGUUUUUUUAAGUUGGGGCAAUAAAAGUUUCCCUUAAAAAUUUUAACUUUUUAUUAAAAAGUCCCCUUUAAAUUAAAUUUCCUAAUGUUAAGAAAAGGAUGCGAUCAAAACAUUGACCUCUUGUGACUAAUUAAAGAUUAUGGUAAGAUAAAUUUAGACUCUGUGAGCUCCAUAUUUGAAUUGAAUCUUGAAAAUAUAAAUUAAAAGUUAUGUUUAGAGAAUAUAGUGAUUUUCUCUUAUGAAGGGUGGGAAAUUAGUGAACCAGUGUUGAUUUUUCUGCACAAGAUUAGAUCUUAAUCAAAUAUUAUGUGAUUUUAGUAUACUGAAAAGGAAUCUAUGGGACCUACUAAUAUAAAUUUAUUCAAAACUAAAAGAAUUACUUUUUUUCUGUAAUUUAUGUUCUAAGUCAAAUUUAUCUGAAUAUAUUAACUUAUGUUGAAUUUUAAUCAUGUACUUAUUACAGUAAUUCACCUUUGUGGCGAAUUCAGUUUUUUUUUCCUUUAAUGAUUAUUACUGAGUACUAAAACUUUGUCAGUUUUUAAUUUAAUAGAUUUGGGAUUGCAUAAAUAUAUUAAUGCCUAAUAAAACUAUUGCGACAAAUUCACCAUUUUUACUGAUUUUCAUACAUUUUAAAAUGUUUUCAAUAGAAUACAUUAGAAAAAUUCAGUAUAAGACCAGACAGCAGAUUAGUCUGAUGAUUAAAAUUAGCACUCUACACCAGAGGCGUUACAACUUUCCUGUACUAGUGUACUUACCUAUCUGUGACCCUCUGUAAAUUAGUAUUGCUGAAAUUAACAUUAAUAAUAGAGUUUAGGUGUUCCUAAUUGUAUAAUGUUUAGGUUAUUAUUUGCAAAUACUCUUUCCAAUACAUGCUGUGUAAAUUGGAGCAUUUUUUAUCUGUAUUGAAUGAUUUAUUCAAAAAUCUACUCUUUCCAAUUAAUUUGAAAUUGUAUAAGCAUUUUAUUCAGUACUGGAUUUUUCUUAUGUACUUUUAUGUGGGUUUCUUCACUGGUGAAAGUCACAUUAAGUAUUUCAUGAGUAUUCCAAUGAUGUUAAAUCUUGAUGAAGAUUAUUGAAAUUAGCAAUGUUUUCCACAAAAAAAAAUUCCUUUUUUAUUUUUUAAUUUUUUUUUUUAACCGAAUUUCUCAAUUGAAGAAAUGUUUUGUUUUUCUUCUUUGCCAAACAAUAAUGAAUAGAGUUGAAAAUUAGUAGUCAUCAGAUGCAAUUUGGAAUUAGAAAACUCUUAUUUGGACUACUAGAAUUUUUAUUACAGUAAAAUUUUAACUCCAAAGUUUUUGACACCGCAGAUAAUAUUAAUUUCUGAAAAUAGUCUUCUAUGUUUCUUUCAUAAAGUUUGCAAUGUUGUAAUAUUGACAAGUUGUGUAAAAUUUUUAAAUGUUUUAUAUUAAAAUAGAAAAUAAUAAGUAAAAAGGAGAAUUCAAAAUAAAUGCUCCUAAAUAUUUUUCAAAACAACUUUUUCUGAAAAUUUUGCAAAUUGAAAACGUUUAUAAUUUUGGCUCCCAGAAAAAUUCAACUGCUCAUGGAGUUAUUUUAUUGCUAGAGAAACAUAUUGCAUAAGUUUUGAUUACCUACUUCUACUUAUUAAUUGAUUUUAUAUUACAGUACAAAAUUUAAAUUUUUUUAAUGAAUCUGUUUUAAAGCAUUAAAAAUCCUUUUUGCAACUAAUUUAACUGAAUCAUAAUGUCUCCUCAGAUGUGUUAAAAAAAGUUUCCAUUUGGUGAACAGUUAUAUGAUAAUAUUAAGCAUUUAUGAGACAUUUUAUUAUCAGCUUAUUGGUUAAAAUAUUUUUGACUGGCUUGAUAAGAAUGCAAUAAAAGAAUAGCUGAUUAAAUGUUAGUAUAAGUAUAUACAUUAGUUGGAAUUUACGAAUGUUUAACAAAAUUUGCCUCUUAAAAAAGUAUAAUUAGAAAUUAUCCAAAUAUGCAUAGUAAAUUGAUAUUGUAUGUUGAUUUUUAUUGUGAAGUUUAAAUUCAAGAAGAAAAAAUAUUUUAAUGAAAUGUGUUGAAAAGAAAGAAGAAAAAAAAACAUGUGCCCCUACUCCUGUUCUCCCUGUUCUUUAAACAUCUAGAUGUUCACACUUUUUCUCUCAAUCUUAUCAUUCUCUUGGUGUAGUAAUGUGCUUAAUAUCGUACUUGUUGUCACAUAAAUACUAUUGUGUGGUUAUUUCAUUCAAUGAAAUUAAACUUAUUGUAAAAGGAGGGAUGGCAUCAUGAAAAUUGUUGACUGGUAUACUUGUAAUCGAUAACGAAACAUUUGCCUUUUAGGUGUCUUAACUUUUAUAUUUUUUGGAAUGUUGUGCCUAUACUGUGUGUAAUGUUAAUGUGAAUUUGGAACACGUAAAGCAAUAUUUAUACAACUUGGCAACAGUAGAGAGCUUUUAUUAUUAUUAUUAAUAUUCCUUUAAUGGUAGUCUUUCUAGGUAUAAUUUAUUUUCUUUUUUUUUUGGGUAGUUUUAAUAAAUAUUGACAAAAAAAAUCAGUGCUAAAUACUUUACAUGAUAUUUUAACCUAAAUAUGUAUUAUGUUGAAGAGAGCUAGGUGUUGUAUAACUAUAUAGUCUUACUAUCUUAGCAAAACUAUAAUUGCACUCUUAAAAAAAUAAGCGCACAUCUAUAUAGUUAUAUUGUUGUUUUGUUUACAGUAAAAACCUAUAAACGAAGAUUUAGUUUAUCAAGCCUAUUGACUUAUCAAUUCUAUUAUUGAAUUGAUCAAUCCUAUUAUUUUUGCUAUUUAUCAGUCUUAUUGAGACUAUAAAUCUUACUAUUGAGUUUAUCAAUCCUAUUAUAAUUUGGUGUAUCACUCUUUUUAUUAUUUAGUGUAAAAAUCUUGUUAGUUGGUUUAUCAAUAUUUUUAUUGGUUAAUUAUCAAUUCUAUUACUAGUUGCUUCAUCUUAUUACAAUGUAAUUUUUUGGAUAAAUCUGCAUAAAUUUGAAAUUGGCUAGUUUUAUUUAGUUUUUAAGUGUUUUUUAUGUUACUACUAAAGCCAAAUACGUUAGACAUAUUAAAUACUUCAGAACCGAACAAUAGAAUGGUUAUUUAUUUUUUUAAGGACGCUUUCUGUCCGAUUAUUAAUCUUACAAAUAUGACUAACUUUUAAAGUGGAGCAUUAAUUUUAUUUAUUUUUUACGUAUUGUACAUUAUUUAGGAGCUUGUCUACUUUAUUGACGAAAUUAUUACUUUGAGCUUGUUAUAAAUGAGUUGUGUCUGAUCAGUUCUUUCAUUUCUUUUGUUAUGUGCUUGCAAUCUGUAUAAUAUAAUUUUAAUACUAUAAAAGUAUGUCUUAAAUUUUGAGACUUGAUUGCAAUUUUUAUUUUAAUCAAAAUGCAUGAUAGAUUUUGAUAAUUUUUAAUUUAAAUUUUGUUGUGGAAGAUUUCACUUGAAAAUUCUAAUAUUUAAAUGUUAUAUCAUUUAAUUUUUAAUUAUAUUUUAACAGUUUGAGAUUUUUUAUAUUUAUUAUGAUGUUUAGCAUAUUUUUAAGAAGUAUUAGACUAUAGUUAUUUUCGAUAGAUUAUCUCAACACUUGGUCUUAAUCUUAACUGCUCUCAUAAAAGAAAAGACACAAAAAACUGUAUAGCUUUUCUUAAAAUGCUCUAAUGUUAUGAAAUAAAGCUUUUUAGCAAAUAAUAUGCUAUUUUUAUCAGUAUUGAGAGUUUGUAACAGUUAUAUAUCAUGAUUAGGUUAAGUUUUGCUUAUCUUAAGCCAAAUGCUAACUAUGAAAAUGGUGCAAAAUGUUAAUUGGAAGAAAAAUUUUUGAAAAAUUGCUGCAUUGUCUGGGUUCAUAGAAUAUACAAAAAUUGAGAGUUAUUCCUUAAGGUUAAAAUGCUUCAUUUAAAAAAAAAUUGCAGAAAUUUAAAUAUAUUUAGAGUAUAAUAUUUUUAAAUUUUUAUGCUAAUACAAAUAUAAAAAAUAAGAAAAUUUAGUCUCUGCUCUGAGGAACCAGUCAUUAAAAAAUAAAUCUACUUAUUUUCACUGCUCCAUGUACAUAUUUCUAUCAGAAUUUUUCUUCAAAAAAGUUAAUUAAAGUAAUUUAAGUGAUAAAUUACAAUCUAGGGAAUGUGUAAUGUCACAAUUGUAAUGAAAAAUUUUAUUUUUUGACAAAAACACAGACCAAACUAAAAACCAAAUCACCUGCCAGUCCGAGGGAUCUGAUGGAUCGUUUUAUACUGCUCUGACUACUCUUGGUCAACUAUUGUUGAUUUCGAGCCCUAUUAUUAUAUAUUUAAUACGUCUUGAAAAUAUGUUUUCCAAAAAUAAAUAUAAUUUAUACAUUUAGUUUGUGUUGUGAAAAAUGUGUUGCUUAAGCUCUACAGUUGCCAAGAUUUUUUUUGUGUUUAUAUUUGGUGUGGGAAGACAUAGGAAUUAUUUUCUAACUUGUAGGAGGGAGGGAAGUUUAGGUAAAGUGUCUACGUUGGUCGUCUUUUUUCUGGCGUUCUUUCUAGUACUUUUUAUAAACUUGCAUUUUACAACUUUAUGGUAAUUUUUCUCAAUUAAUCACUAUUGUAAUUAAAAGCAAUCAGCAGUGAUGUCGUGAGAAAUGUUUCGUGUGUCCUUUGGAUGUGGAAAUAGAUGUUUUAUGAUAGCAUUUUUGGAGUUUUAAUUUGAUUCAAAAGGGGGUUUAAAACGAAUUACUGUAUUUUACUUUUUGGUAGAAGAGUUUUGCAAUAUCAUUGAUGUGUCAUUCUUUUUCGAUGAAUUUUACUGUCCGACUCUAUAUUUUUCAGCAAUAAAUAUUUCAAAAUAUCAUUCCCACUAAUCAUGUGAGAAAAAGUUUGAUUGUUGAGUAAAAGUUGAAAAAUAAAUCUUAUGUAUUUAAA